AUCGCCGUCCUCACCCCCUGCGGUGGCGAAAAGGGGAUCUGAUCGGCGUCGAGUAGUGUUUAGAAAAUGGUGUGUGCUGAGAGUUGCGAUUUGGUAAUGAUGGCUGGCUCUCUCUGUGAGGAGGGGAGAUAUGUUUGCGUUGGUCGCCGUCCGUGUCUGCGGGAGUAGGGGAGAACCAUAGUGUUCCACAGAGUAACCAGUGGGGGCCAUUUAGGGGUAGGGGAGCUUGUGACCGCAGGGCGACGACUGUAAAGAGGUGUGUGAGGUUUCGUCGUUGCACCUCCGUUGCAUGGCACCGUGUGGAACCAAGCUCCAGCACAGCAUCCACCUUUGAACCCUGAACCAGAUUACGUAAUUUUUUUUAAUCCUAGUUCCCCUAACCUUUGUUGCCUUGGCGCUCGCGAGGUCGCUCAAUCUGUCGUAGGGGGUUCAUCGACCAAUUUUUGGUUGCGCUUGGUAUUGGAACCGAGGUUGUCCAUGGCGAAGAAUGUCAUGGCUGGAGCAAGAAGUUUGAGUUUUUGGAGUUGCUGGUCGUGGCGUGCGUCUCCGUGCAGUGAAGGUUAGGUAGAGAUCUUAGACAAUAAGAGUGGCGCAUUCCGGGGCGGGGGGAAUUGGUUGAGCGUGAUAUUGCCGAGGUUUGCUACAGUUGUGGAAUCGGAGCAGCAGCGUGCGGGGGGAGGUGUUUUUCUUGGAGGUUUGGAGGGGGCUGUGGCGCGGCGGGGCUAGGUCGGGAGGGCAUGAUCUGAUGAGGAGCGCGAAUUGGAUGUCGGAGAUCAGCUCGCAGUCUGUUUUGUGUUUCUGUUUGGAGGGAGCGUAGUCCGGGGGAGGGGGUGAGAGAUGGGGCGGGGGAGGCAGAGGAUUGAGAACCCGCCGUGGAGGCAGAAGCCUGGCAGCGGAGGGGACGGGAGCUUUUCGGUGUUGGCGUUGGAGGAAGGUCCGGUGUUCUACCCUACGGAAGAGGAAUUCCGCGAUCCUUUGCGGUUUAUUGCGCAGAUUCGAGAGCAGUCGGAGUCGUAUGGCAUCUGUCGUAUUGUGCCUCCGGCGUCGUGGAAGCCUCCGUUCGCCAUCGAGUCGGAGUCGUUCAUUUUCCCGACCAAGCACCAGUCCAUCCACCAGCUUCAGGAGAGGACCGCUGCGUGCGAUGGGGUCACGUUCAGGCUGGAAUACAGCAGGUAUUUGGAGGGGGAGGGGAGGCAGUUGGAGGCGUGGCCCAUGUUGGAGGGAGAGGCUCUGGAUUUGUGCAAGCUUUACAACGCCGUGAAGCGGCACGGUGGUUACAAUAAGGUUAGAGAUGAGAAGAAGUGGGCGGAGGUGUUUCGGAUGGUGAAGAACGACCAUCCCUUCGCCCCCGUCGCCACUGACUCGGUGCAGGCGUGUUUGAGCGAGGUGUACGAAUCCCAUCUUCACGGCUACGAGGUGCACCAGGCCAAUGUGAGUGCCGGUAAGCUGCUGCAGAUGAGCAAGAGCCGGGGGAUGGACAAGACGAAGCCCGUGGGGAGGAAGAGGCAGGGGGAGGAGGAGCAGCAGGAGGAGAUGCAGGGUGGAAAGAGGAGGAAGAGCGGGGAGGGAGUGGAGGUGGUGGCGGUGGAGUCGGCAGGCGUGACGGCGGCGGGCACGGAGGAGCAAAGGGCGGAUCAGAUAUGCGAGCAGUGCCACAGCGGAGCGCAUGAGAAAUCGAUGCUGCUGUGCGAUCUGUGCAACCGAGGAUGGCAUCUGUAUUGCCUGUCCCCUCCGCUGUCCGCCAUACCUCACGGGAACUGGUACUGCUUGGAGUGCCUGGCGUCGGAGAACGACAGUUUCGGGUUCGCGCAGGGGAGGGAGUACUCAUACGAGUCGUUCCAGCGUUUUGCGGACCGGUUCAGGCGCAAGUGGUUCGCAUCGCGGAGCAGCCCCCCGAGCAACUCCGAUGUGGAGGCGGACUUCUGGCGCAUAGUGGAGAGGGGGACGGAACCUGUGGAGGUGCUGUACGGGAGCGACAUAGACACGGGGCUAUAUGGGAGCGGGUUUCCACGAGCGUCAGACCGCGUGCCGCACGGGUUCGAGGCGGAAGCAUGGGAGGGAUACGUGAAGGACCCAUGGAACCUGAACAACUUCCCGAAGCUGGAGGAUUCGAUGUUGCGGAUGGUGCAGGAUGACAUUCCGGGGGUGAUCGUGCCGUGGUUGUACAUGGGGAUGAUGUUCUCGUCGUUUUGCUGGCACUACGAGGACCACUGUUUCUACUCGAUCAACUACUUGCACAGAGGUGCGCCGAAGACAUGGUACAGCGUUCCCGGGAGCGCUGCGUCGGAGUUCGAGCAGGUGAUGCAGAAGUCUUUCCCGGACCUGUUCGAGGCUCAACCAGACUUGCUAUUUCAGUUGGUGACGAUGCUGAACCCAAUCGUCCUGCGCGACAGCAACGUGCCUGUGUGCACUACGACACAGGAAGCUGGACAGUUUGUGAUAACGUUUCCAAGGUCGUACCACGGGGGCUUCAAUCACGGGUUCAAUUGUGCAGAGGCUGUGAACUUUGCUCCAGCAGAUUGGCUGCCGAUGGGUAAAUAUGCGGUGGAACGGUAUCGAGUGUUCCACAAGCGAGCCGUGAUUUCUCACGAUGAGUUGCUGUGUGUAGUUGCGAAGAACAAUAUCAGUGCAGAGGCAAAGCCCUACGUGCGAAAUGAGCUGGUGGCGAUGAUUAGGAAUGAAUACCUGAAUCGCGAGCUGCUUUGGGCACAUGGGGUGGUAAGGAGUGCACGGAUGCCUCCUCGAGCGUGCGAGAAUCACAUCAGCACAGAAGAGGAUCCGAUGUGCAUCAUUUGCUGUUACUACCUGCAUUUGUCUGCAGUGGUGUGCAGUUGUCGACCUUCGAAGGCCGUCUGUUUACAGCAUUCUCUUCAUCUGUGCGGGUGCCCGCCAGAGCAGCAGAUGCUGUUGUAUCGACACUCUCUUGCCGAGCUGUGCGACCUGCUGGACCUCCUGGAUAACGGGUGUGGGUCAGAAGCUCCACCGGCGCCGGUGACCCCGGAGACGCCAAAGGAGACGGAGGUGCCACAAGCAGGGCUAAGAGGGAAGAGAAGCAGUCGAGGCAAGGCAAAGGCGGUAGUGCAGCCAAAGUGGCAACUCAGCCACGUUCUGACGAACGACGAGAACAACAGCAACAACAACAAUAGUAACAGCAGCAGCUGCAGCAGCAGCGAGGCCGAGACGCCGACGAGCGGUCGCCCCUGCCGCCGCACUGCUGGUCGCCACCGUGGGUUCGACAACUACAUGCAGCAUGGGAUGUUUGGUCUGGGGGAGGGUGGGCGGUGUAGAUGCUAUGUUUUGGGGUUGGUUUUGAGAGAGUUCCUGGAUGAUGUGUGGCGACAGCGGAUGGUGACGGAGUGGUGGUAUGGUUUGGUGUCGGGUGUGGUUUGGAUGGAAACGGUUGUUAAACAUGUGAAGUCGCCCUGGAGUCGUCCCGAGACGGUGGAUGUGAAUCGUGGUAGAUGGGGAGUGUUUUGUGGGUGUUUACGGAGUCCAGUUGGAGAGGAUGUGAUGCUGCAGGUUGAGGAAAGCGAUUGGUUAGGUUCGCAUGAAGGUGUGCCUGCUCAAUUUUGCGGAAUGUCGUCGUUUGUUGCCUUCGACUGGGAUUCGACGGGCCAGCCGUUUCGUGCAGUCUUGGUGCGGCUGUAG